AUGUUCUUCUCUCGGGCCAAAGAGGCCUGGUGCACGCAGUGGUAUGAAGGAACCAAACGCGCCUUCAAGUCCUUUUCCUGCAGAGUGUACGGGGGCCAGGCGGAGCCGCUGUGUCGGUGGUUUUUGGGAUUUGUUCGCCGCGGAGGCCGCCGGCCCUCCACAGUGGAAUUAGAACUCCAAUAUGCGCGACUUUGUUCUUUUUCGGACUUUAAAUAUCCAAAAAAGGACUUUUUUCCGCAAAGUUCCGCGGAAAAACUCCCCAGCUUUCCGGGUGUACAGACAGCUCCCCCAGCUGUCUGUACACCCCAGACCCUGCGCUCCCCAACACCUCCAGGGAACUCCCAGAAGUCCAUUUCUUCUUUUUUUGACUGCGAGGGAUUCUCAACAGAGGCCGACGCAGGCUGUAGCCUCCUGCAGCAGCUGCAGCAGCAGCAGCAGGGGACUGUUGGAGAGACCAGUGGUCAGUCCACCCCUGCAGCACUUCAUCAGCCGCCGCACUACGACUUCGCAGUGGCCAGCCCGGAAAAUCCCCAGGAGGCAGAGCUGCAACAGCAGCAGCAGCAGCAGCAGCAGCAGCAGCAGAGUCUGCAUUGCCGCUGA